AAUCGGCGGAAUUAAAAGCGGGUACACCGUCCGCUUCAGCUGAUAGGUCAGAAGUCAGAGUAGUUUAACGGAUUUCGACGGUUUAUCUGCUGAGUCACUGCCAAACGUUGCUGAAAAUGGAGUGGACUGCGAUGGAAAUCAAUCCCGAUAUGCUGAACAAGAUUAUGAACAAGCUCGGUGUGAGUGGAAGCUGGCGUUUCGUGGACAUUUUGGGUCUGGAGGGCGAGCAACUAACCGCCGUCCCGAAACCAUGCUGUGCCUUGAUGCUCCUCUUCCCCCUGACGCAACAGCAUGAAUCUUUCAGAACUCGGCAGGCAGACAAGGUUUCAGGAGGCUCUGACGUUUAUUUCCUGAAGCAGACGGCCUCCAAUUCUUGUGGCACAAUCGCUCUGCUGCACGCCGUUGCCAACAAUAAGGCCAAAAUGACUUUUGACAGCGGCUCGGUUCUGAAGACCUUCUUAGAUGAGACGGCUGGCAUGUCUCCGGAUGGUCGUGCCAAACAUCUUGAGGCAAACAAGGCAAUCUGUGAGGCUCACAAUGAGGUUGCAAAGGAGGGCCAAUGUCGGCCAGAAGCAGAAAAAGUAAACUUCCACUUUAUUGCCUUUGUGAAUGUAAAUGGCCAACUUUAUGAAUUUGAUGGGAAGAUGAAUGGACCAGUGAACCAUGGAGCAACCAAAGAUGAGUCCUUUGUCACCGAUGCAGCCAAAGUGUGCCGUGAGUUCAUAGAACGAGAGCAAGACGAAGUCCGUUUCUCUGCUGUGGCUCUUUGUCGGUCUUAAAUUUUCAUGUGACCAAAUCAUGCAAAUUGUAAGCCACAUGGUUCAAGAGCAUUUACAUCACAAACGGUUUAGAGAUGACCCACGGUGGUCUGUGCACCUACAUCUGUAGGCACUCUGCACUAUAAUCCUUUUCAUCCUUAACGGUAAUGUGUUCUUUAGCGUUGGAACAAACUAUUUUAGGCAAUGUUGCAAGCUUAUUGAAAGUGACUCAUGAAUCCCACAUAUCUGUAAAGGUUGUUAAACAUUUACCUGUGCAUGUGUCUAGUUCUCUGUAAUCAUCUGUCAAACACCUUCUGUGCCAACGAGUGAAACACAGUGGAAACCUUCCCCGUUUUUCUGCAUGCCUUCAGUUGCUGUGCAGUUUACCAAGACUGGCCGUUCUUCUACAUGGCUCGGCUCUGGUUUAACCUUAGUUUUCGAAUAUGUUUGAGUAGUCAUUUAUGGCAACACUUUUGUUCCAUGAUUCCAGCAUUUAAAUGCACUUUGUGAAAAUGGUUCUAGAAUUUACAAGCCUGAAAUGAGCACAGCUUUUACAAUCUAAAUAACUAGUUAAACUGCUCUUGUUUGAGUUUGUGCCAUCUUGGGGCAAAUGGCUUCAACUAUUAAGAUUGUUCACCUUAAUGCACCUUACAAAUUGUUUGCUGCUGUUCAGCUAUGGCUAUUUAAUAAAACAAAACUUAAAUGUU